AUGACUCACGAAGAGCAAGAUUCGACGCCUUCUCAAACCCCUGUUCACACUAUCGCUGUCCAUGAUUUCAUCGACUUGGCUGAUUAUAUUGUCAGCGCUAAUGCCAAGACGCCUGUUGCGGUACCCAACCACAUCUGGAAUGCGCUCGACAGUGCGAUAUCCCUCCGGAAGGACUCUACUGCCCGCUUUUCUUCGAUUCCAUCAUCGAGCCUCGACGACAUAGAGUCUAACAGUCGGCAUACACAUUUUAUCACAAUCCUCGAACAUGUCAGGAAGACUCUCAGGGCGCGGAUAUCUUCAGCUACACAGGAUAACCGUCCCGCUAAGAAAGACUCCAGUGGUAAAACAACUACGUCAGAUAUCACUUUUGUCAACACCUUCGCUGGUUUGCAUGUUGAAGAACCGUCAGAGUCGUUCCUGAAAGCUCCCAAUGCCUUGCCUACUCAGACAGAACCAAAUUACUCCGCCGAGCUACAUGAAGACUUCAGGGAGGCUUAA